CCAGGCACUGCCAGCAGCACACUGGCAGAGAAUCUUAAUAAUCCCUGAACAGCGAGCCGAUGCCACUGUAUCUCUCCUGCCCGAACCUACCUAAGCACUGUCGCCUUGGGAGACUAUCGCAUCUCACCAUCUCGGCCAUGCGAUGAUGUCUCCGAAUCAGCACUCGUAUUCGGAACGGUAGAAAGAACUGUAGAAGCAAUGCCUCCUCGAAGAUCCCACAAAAAGUCUCGCGCGGGCUGCCGGAGGUGUAAGACUAGGAAGAUCAAGUGCGAUGAGGUUCAUCCACGAUGCAGCAACUGUGCCAAACAUGGCGUCACUUGCGACUUCGAGCACCCCGAAUUGGCAGACCGACUCGCGGUUCCAGACACACCCGCGACCGCGAGCGCAGCAUCCCCCAGCUUCUGCGAUAGCCCCGUCUCCAACAGAGCCCCCUCGACCCCAUCAAUGCCACCGGGAGCGCCAUUGAAGAUAUACCGACACGUUGAUCCGCCAAACAUAAGCACAGCGCCCCAAGAAAACAGGAUGAUGGAGCUGAGGUUGUUACACCACUACACGACAAUUACCUGCAAGACCUUGCUGAUUUCCGACCCAAUGAGCGAGGCCAUAUUCAGAGACACCGUGCCAGGUCUCGCUUUUGGUGGCGCCAGCUUCCUGGCCGAUGCUAUACUUGCCGUAUCCGCUCUACAUCUACGGUCAUCCCAGCCCCAAGACCAGGCCCUCGUGCGGGCCAGUCACGCCUAUAUGGCUUCGUCAUUGUCGGAAUAUAGCACCAACCUCAGGAAGGGAAUCAAUGCGCAAAACGCCGAGGCUCUGUUUCUUACCGCCACGCUCAUCGGCUUCCAGUCCACGGCGGCCCGGAUCUUCAUGCGCGAGGAUGGCGGCGACACGAAAGACCGGAGCGGCGGGUAUGCCCUGCCGCUUUCAUGGUUUCAUGCAUUCCAGGGUAUCAAGACCAUCGUCGCUACUAGUUGGCAAUGGCUGCGCAACAGUGAGAAUGUGGUGCCCAUCAUCCAAUCCCAGCCCGCGCUGGAUCUGAACAUGAGCUCUGAAGGCACCACUUUCUUUGGGAGCCUCCUAGGUGGCAUGGAAGAGGAGCUUGCGGCUACCGACCUCAACCCAGAUGCGAGAAACAAGACGCGCCAGGCUUACCAGCACGCAGUCGCUGUUCUAAAUUGGGCACAUAAGAUCCCACUCACAGGAGCGCCGUUGGUAUUUCUUGCAACUGUGUCUAGGCGAUAUAUGGAACUACUACAAGAACGGCGACCGCGGGCUUUGGCUAUACUUGCUUCCUUUUUCGGUCUCCUGAAAAGCCUGGAUGGUGUUUGGUGGCUGAAGGGCAUAGCACGCCGGGAAGUCAUGGGAAUCAUAUCACUUUUCGAUCCAGAUGACCACGAGUGGUGGUCGCGCCUCCAGUGGCCAGUCCGCAUGGCUGUGUAUGAUGGUGAUGUUAUACCACCAGAGAUAUGGGGUGCGGACUGGACAGGCGGGAUAUCCUUGCUGGAGCAGUCAAGUCAGUCCGGCGGAGGCUUUAUCUCACAUAUCGAGUUGCUGAGCCAAAUGUCGCAACUCAUGCAGACGAUGCCGCAUAUAUCGGCUGAAGAUUUCGUCGAAACGGCAUACGAGUCUGCAGAAGCACAGAUCAACGCCCAAGAGAUCAUGCCGCAGACGCUGAAUGUCGAGCAGAAUCCAAUGCAACAUCUGGACUUCGACCUUAACCAACAGAGGCUGGCUUUGGGACUGCCUCUUGACUGAGAGUGUCGGACAAAGCACAGUUAGUCAUGGGUGGAAGACCUUUUGAAAAGAAUACUCUUGAACCACGGCUUGGGCUUUGGGGAGUAGCAUUGCUAUACACCACAUGACUGAAUGUCGCACGCUUGGGGAUCUUCCGGGGGCUCGCACCCAUAUUAGCAAGGUAUCCGAAGACUGAAAGCAUGUUUGUCAAGGCAGCUGCAGCUCUGCCAGGGCGGAUGUGGCGACUCUCACGCCCGCCACUCCUUUUAUGAGACCCAGUCAACUUGCUAAGGCCUGCAAGGACAAUGCUGCAGGAAUCACAAUAACAGCGCUGAUAUACCCGCGCCGCAUGUGAGGCAGCAAGCCUCGCAUCAUGGUAUAAUCGGUCGGAAAGACCGGUGUGACAGUGUCACGGCGUGAUGACAUUUAUCACAAAUUUCAAAGGACUCUCAAGUUACGUACGUCACAACGUAGAUGAUCCUAUACAGAACAAUCAAGUAAAAGUUCAAAACA